UGGAGGAACGCUUCCUCAGGCUGCGCCCUGGAUUGGGGGGUCAGUGGGCGGGGUUCCCUUGGCGGGGGGGUUACCUUCCACGGUGGGGGGGAAUACGGGGUUGGUGCCAGAUAGCACUGCAAGUAGUGACACGGGGGUCAGGUCGGAUGUGGUACGGAUGGACGAUGGGUCAAAAGGUGAAGUAUAUAUUUGCUUUGAAGGGCCACUGGGGUCACAUCUAAAACAGGAGGUUCGGGAGAAAAUCCAAAAAGGUGAGUACGUUGAGAUUUUUUCCCUCCUACCGUUAGAAAAGUUUAACUUGGAUAGGGUGAAGCCGGAUAGUUUCAAAAAAGACGACGAGGAGAAGCGAAGGUACAGGCUGAUUCCUCGCACUUUCACUAACUGGUUGCAAGCAUUUGUGAUUAUGGCCAGCGUCAUAGGGGAGAAGAGCCCGGAACACUGUUCUGCGCUGUUCUGCUAUCUGGACGCGAUAGGUGAAGCAUAUAGGGUAUAUGGGGGGACAGGAUGGUUGAGGUAUGACGAACAGUUUCGCCAGCGGCGGGCUGUGCGUCCUUCUAUACGUUGGGAUCACAAGGAUAUAAGCCUGUGGAUGCGGAUAAUUUCUGCGCCACGGCCUAAUACACCGUUUUUUCAGGGCGGGGCCGGGGGUACUCCCUCCUCCGGAUCACCGGCCGGUAAAAAAUGGGGGGGGUGCUGGAAGUUUAACGAGGGUUCCUGCAAAUAUGGAGGAGCCUGUCGCUUUAAACACGAAUGCUCCGGAUGCGGGGGGGCUCACCCCUUGUCGCGUUGCUUCAAAAAGGGCAAGCGGGGGGGGGAUGCUGCUGGAAAGGGGGAGAACGCCAGUGAAGGUGGAAAAGAUGGGGCCUUUUCUAGAUAGGUACCCAGACAGAGGGGCAGCGCGGCUGCUUGCGGCAGGGUUUUCGGAGGGAUUUAUCAUUCCCUGUUCCUUGUCGAAGGUGCCACCCUUGGCUAGGAACCUGCGGUCUGCCUUAGAAAACCCGGCGGUAGUGUCAGAAAAAUUAGCAAAAGAAGUUCAGCUGGGUAGGAUGGUGGGGCCAUUCACAGAGAUGCCGCUGCCUGAUUUGGUGGUGUCCCCUCUGGGGGUGGUUCCCAAGAAGGAACCAAACAAGUUUCGGCUCAUUCAUCACCUGUCCUUCCCAAAGGGGGGGUCGGUGAAUGACGCUAUAGAUCCCGAAGCAUGCACGGUAUCGUAUACGUCGUUUGACGCGGCAGUACGAUGGGUGCGGCGGUACGGAAGGGGAGCCCUGAUGGCAAAAUCGGACAUUGAGGCCGCGUUCCGUUUACUGCCAGUUCACCCAGACAGCUUUCGGCUGUUGGGUUGUCGGUGGCGGGAUGAGUUCUACGUGGAUCGAUGUUUGCCAAUGGGCUGCUCGAUUUCUUGCGCGUUUUUCGAAACGUUUAGCUCUUUCUUGGAAUGGGUGGUCAGGGAUGUGGCGGACACGGAUUCAGUAAUCCACUACCUGGAUGACUUCCUGUGCGUUGGGCCCCCGUCGUCCAAUGUGUGCGCAAUAUUGUUGGCAACGUUGCAGCACAUGGCGGAAAAGUUUGGAGUGCCCUUGGCAGCCGACAAAACGGAGGGUCCAACCACGGCGUUGAGUUUUUUGGGAAUCAUGAUUGAUUCCGAGGCUAUGGAGUGUAGGCUUCCAAUGAACAAGGUGGAGAAUCUUCGGAUGGAGAUUCGGGGGAUGCUGGGGCGGGACAAGGUUCAGCUGGUGUCCCUGCAGUCUUUGUUGGGAAAGUUGAAUUUCGCCUGCCGCAUCAUCCCUAUGGGGAGGGUUUUUUGCCGACGGCUGUCGGCAGCAACAGCGGGGGUGAAGGCGCCGAAACAUUAUAUCCGUCUAACGGGUGAGCUGAAAGCAGAUUUGCACAUCUGGGAUACGUUUUUGGAAACGUAUAAUGGAAGGGCGAUCUGGAUGUCAGGGCCUGUCAGCAACUUUGACCUGGAUUUGGUCACGGAUGCGGCCGGGUCCACGGGUUAUGGGGCCUUUUUUAAGGGGCGGUGGAGCGCUGAGGCAUGGCCUAGGUCAUGGACAGCAGCGGGUUUUGAGAAGAACCUGGUGCUGCUAGAACUAUUCCCGGUGGUGGUGGCAAUCGAGUUGUGGGGGGAAGAAUGCAAAAAUUUGAAGAUCAGGCUAAAUUGCGAUAACAUGGGGGUGGUACAAGUCAUUAAUCGAAUCUCCGGUUCAUCGGUACCGGUGGUGAGAUUACUGCGCCAUCUCGUGUUGCGUUGUUUGCAGUGGAACAUAUUCUUGUAUGCUGUACACAUCCCGGGGGUGGAUAACAAACUCGCUGACGCCUUGUCUCGAUUUCAGUGGGACAGGUUCAGGGAGCUGGCGCCAGGGGCGGAUGCAGAAGGGGUUCCUUGCCCUGGGUGGAUGUGGGGGCUGGCAUUGGAGCCGCUGCAGACUGGAUCAGGAGGUCGAAAAAAUUAGCAGCUUUAGCGUUUUGGUUCAAAUUGGAGGGUAGGACAGACCUCACGAAAACAUUUUGGGUAAAACAGACAGUAAAAGGAUACAAAAAAGGGCACCAGUACAAGGACGAGCGGAGGCCAGUGUCAUUUUCGAUUUUGGGGAGAAUUUUUGGGGUUUUAAAGGAAGUCUGCUCGUCUGAAUACGAAAUGCGUUUGUUUCGGGCGGUUUUUUCGGUGGCAUUUUUUGGGGCAUUUCGGAUAGGGGAGUUGGUUAGUCCCUCAAAACGGGUGGCCGGGGGUUUUUUGGGGGGUGACGUACGGUCACAUGAUGAUAGGGUGGUUUUUCGGCUGAGACGGUCAAAGACGGAUCAGAUGGGAAAAGGGAGGGACGUAAUUUUGUAUGCGAUGCCGGGUUCAGAGAUGUGUCCGGUAAGGGUGGUAAGGGAAUAUGCAGAGGGACGCCCUGAGGUUGGUGGCCCGUUUUGGGUACACGUGGAUGGGUCUUUUGUUUCAAGAUUUCAAUUCAUUGCAAUUUUUAAAAAAUGUUUGAAGAUGGUGGGGUUAGACGAGCGGCUGUUUGCCUCGCACUCCUUCCGCAUCGGGGCGGCAACCGAGGCGGCCCGGUGUGGGUUGGAUGAGGCGGCAGUGAAGCGGAUUGGGAGAUGGGAGUCGAGGAGAUUCCGUUCGUAUGUUCGCCCUCAUUUGUUGAUGGAUUAAUAAAUGGGGGGGAAGAAAGUAGUCUACGGGAAAGGCCGGUAUCUUUGCUGUGGGGGCAAAUUGUUAAUAGUCAUGAUUUAUUGUUUGUUUUUUCAGGUGGAAGACAGGCGCGCCUCGUAUGGAUCAUGGGGCAUUCUUAUGUCUGUAGGGGGGCUAGAAGAGCGGAUGCUAGGCCAGGGGGUAGGCAAUUGGGAAUUUCCAGUCAGGAUGCUACUAUUCGUUGGUUGGGGAUCCCUGGGAUGGGUUGGGGCAGGGUGCUGUCGGAAGUACAGCGCUAUGCUCGGCUCGACCGACCCCCAGAUGUGUUGAUGUUACACGUCGGGGGGAAUGACCUGGGGAUCCGGCCUAUAGGGGAUUUGAUGACGGCAGUUAAGGCGGACGUCUUGACGAUGCGGGCAUCUUUCCCCAACAUGUUGAUCAUCUGGUCAGACAUUGUCGCGCGAAGUACAUGGCGCAUGGCAAGGUCGGUGGAUCGGGUCAAUAAGGGAAGGGUGAAAGUAAACAAGGUACUAGGGAGGUUUGUGGCUAAACACGGGGGUUUAGGGGUGAGACACAGGGAGUUGGAGGUUAAUGUGGGUUUGUAUCUGCUCAAGGAUGGUGUUCAUCUGACGGAUGUGGGUACAGACUUGUGGAUGAUGGGGAUACAGGAAGGGGUUCAGAGAGCCCUGCGGGUGUGGGGGGGCCCAUAAGGAAAAGGGGGGUUUUCCUUCCGGGCUGUGGCGGUGUCCUUGGUCCUUGACGGUGACAGUGAAAUGAUGGAAUGGAAAUGGUUGGGGGGCUCAUCGAUGGGAUGGCCCCCUAUGGUGGUUAUUGCAGUGGAACGGUGUCUGCUGCAAUACGGUUACGGUGCACUGCGGGUUAAAAAGGGGUCUCAGAGCUGGGUCGGCUGGAGGCCUGGGUUAUGGUAAUUGGUACCGCAGUGUAAAAAAGGUUAAUGGGGGUAGUUACUGUCAAGGAUCAGUUGGGAUUGGGUUAAAAUAUUAAAAGUGUUAAUAAUUUGGUUAAAUAUUGAUUUGGUUACAAAAUAAAAAUGGCUGUUGUGGCCAAUUUUCUCCAA